AUGUGCACGAAAAACAGAAUAUACCUUGACCCAGCUCAAUUGCUCGACGUGGUAGACAUUGAAGACGACAUAGAAUAUGCGGUGCCUCCGUGGCCAGGAGAUAGGAAGAUGUUUUCUGGGGGUCAAGCCGAGAUAGAAUUGGUAGUCGACGGGCAGUCUAAUGAGGCUACAAGAAGAUCCUUGCACGCGGGGUUUGCAGGCGCCAUUGUGGAUCCUUAUACAUCCACAAACUACUGCCGAAGCGAGAUGAACCUUUUUCAGGCUGUGUCGGGGAUGAAACACAUGCCUAAAUAUCUUGGAUCGGCGCAAAAGAAGCGCAAGCUAUAUGUGUAUUACGAGCCGUGGUAUUCUCACACUCUGCGAGACUGGAUCAAUCAACCAAAAAGCAUUACGAACCCCUUCACACGGGAAGAACUACGAAAAACCGGCGCCCAGUUCAUGGUAUGCUUGGCAUCCACUUUGCAUAACCUUCACGCUGUCAAACCACAAAUAGAGCAUCACGACAUCAAACCAGAAAACAUUUGCAUUACCCCCAGUGGCGACAUCAUGUUUGUAGAUUUCGGUGUCGGCCGCCUAUGCACGCUCCAGGCUAUACGGGAGAGUUAUGUCGGCACGGAAACCUACAUGGCACCAGAAACUUACGCAAAAGGUCCACACACCAAAAGGGCCGAAAUGUUCUCCUUGGGGGCAGUUUUUGCGGAGAUUUUAGUGAUGAUGGCGGGUUGCCAAGUUGAACACGGUUUACAUGUCUUAAUGCGGAAAAAGCCAUAUUGCAUGGCGUUGAGAAAGGUUCAACGAUGCAUCGAAGACCUCAAGCGGCGACGUCCUGACAUCAAGGAGCUUGCUGAUAUUGUCGUCCGGAUGUUGUCUACAAACCCUUCGAAUCGGCCAACCGCGUGGGAGGUUCACAAGGAGUUGCUGAAGCUGGGGAUCUAUAAAUGUUGCAACGAACCCAAAGCAGAUGAGUUGGAGUAUGAGGACUCAUACCCGAUAUCCAGCAGUCCUAAGUUGGAAGAUUGUUUAUUCAAACUACCGGGCUUGAGUGAAGCGUUCAAUGGGAUCAGCAAGUGAAGCAACCGCUAUAGCAAACGGUGAUCGUAUGUCCUUAAUGACCGCCGGGGGUGUUUGCAGCAUUGC